AUGUCUACUAGUGACACCCAAGCUGUCUCGCUUCCCGCCGGGGCGAUCGAGGUCGCGGACGGGCCGAUCGACGAUUCCGAGUUCGACCUAGUUGAAUGGGAUGCCUCCUCGGUUGGGUCAGCGUCUCUGACCUCUAGCGUUCAUGCUCAUGAGUACGAGUUUGGUCGCCGAUACCACAGUUAUCGUCACGGGCGCUAUCCAUUGCCAAACGACGAGGAAGAAAAGAGCAGAGAGGAUAUGAAGCAUGCGAUGAUGCUUGAAUUGACGGACGGCAAGCUGUUUUACUCCCCGAUUGGAGACAACCCCCAUAAAGUGAUUGACAUCGGAACUGGUACUGGUAUUUGGGCAAUCGAAUUCGCGGAUCAGUUCCCAACAGCGGACGUCUUGGGCAUUGAUUUGUCUCCGAUUCAGCCUACCUGGAUUCCCCCCAACGUCAAAUUCCUCGUUGACGAUGCGGAGGAUGACUGGCUUAAUGGCGACGAUUUCGACUUCGUGCAUCUUCGAACUAUGGCUAGUGUAUUGAAGAAUCUUGACAAGGUCAUUGGCCAGGCGUAUAAUCACCUCAAGCCCGGGGGCUGGAUUGAGUUCCAGGAACUCCAUAUUUACCCCCAAUGCGACGAUGGGACCAUGAAAGAAGACGAUAAGCUCAAGGAAUUCUAUGACAUCGUUUUGCAGUCGUUUCUUUGUUUCGGGGCGAAUUUCCACAAGGCUCGAGAUCUGAGACCCCAUCUUGAAGGGGCAGGCUUCAAGGACAUCCGCCGCGAAGUCAAGAAGGUGCCCAUUGGCACCUGGGCUAAGGAUGAAAUUCUCCGACUGUGUGGGUUGUAUCUCAAGCAUGCCAUCAGAGACGUCUUGCCAGCCUUCAAAAAGCCGUUUGAAGCCAACGGGCUUUCGCCCGUGGAGACUGAGGUGUGGACCGCAAUUGCGAGGAAAGAGAUUGAGGACAACAGCAAACAUCGAUACUUCAACUUUUACUUUUGGUACGCCCAAAAGCCGGAGAAUGCGCCCGUACAGGACGAUGGACCGGGUUCCUCAGGAGGCGAAGAAGCUUGA